GGGAAAAGCCCGCAGUUUUUCUUUCUUUCACGGUGUCGUUCAGGUUGGUGCGCCUUUUGCCUUUCUUUUCUUUCUUUGAUCGCUUACUGCUCUGCUUGUAUUUCCUCAAGCAAACCAUUCACAUAGCACCAUCAUCACCAUGUCAUCGAAUCCCAACGAGAAGACGGAGGUGCCCUCGGCUGAGGUGCAGUUUAACGUGGAACUGGACGCUGAGGCGGAGUUAGAGGAGAUGCGGCGCCAGGUGGACAGCCUGCAGGAAGACAUGCAACUGAAGACACUGCAGGAGUCCGCGGCCAAGGACGAAGGCACGCGCAAGACGGCGGCGGCGACGGCGGCAGUGCACGCAGGCGCGGCGAAGACGAACUCGUCUAUUUUUGUGAACGACCUCGACACCCGCACAAACGAGGCAGACCUGCGCGUCUUCUUCGCCUCCUGCGGCACAAUCACCCGCGUGACGGUGCUGAAGGACCGCCAGGGCAACCCCAAAGGAACGGCCUACGUCGAGUUUGAAUCGGAGGAGCAGGCGCACGCGGCGCUGCUGAAGGACGGCCAGUCGCUGCACGGAAAGCCGCUGAAAGUGGCGAUGAAGCGCGACAACAUUCCGGGCUUCAUGCGCGGCGCCCAACGCGGCGGGGGCGGCUACAUCCCUCGUGGCGGUCGCGGCGGCGGAAACCCGAUGCAGCAGGAAAUGGCCACUCUCGCCAUGCUGGCGGGGAUCAUGAGUCAAGGCUUCAAUCCAUACGCGGCGGGCCGCGGCGGCGGUCGCGGUCGUGGCCGCGGACGCGGGAACUAUUAA